AUGGCCGAUAACGAUGAUGCCGGUGCAUCCGUCUCGGAGCCCCUCGAUCUUGUCCGCCUCUCUCUCGAUGAGAUUGUCUUUGUGAAGCUGCGCGGAGACCGUGAGCUGAAGGGCCGUCUUCAUGCCUACGACAGUCACUGCAACCUUGUAUUAGGAGACGUGGAGGAGACCAUCUACGUGGUGGAAGAGGACGAGAACGAGCAAGAGGUCACAAGGGUAUGGCACCGCGGGUGA